UUAAUCUGUGGUCCUGAGACUGUCACAUUACUUCUGACACAUUUAAUUUCCUCUAUUGAAAAACCCACACAGAAACAGGCAUUUCUGUUUGCUAUGAUGGCAUUUAGGCUGCUUCUGUUCAUUUCUCUUCUUACUGACAACACAGGGUUCAGUGCUGAGAUCUCUGUGUUUGUUCAGAAGGGAGAUUCUGUUCAACUGGAUAUACAGACACAGGAUCUACCAGAGUUUGAUGAUUUAUCCUGGAAAAAUAAUAAGUCAGAGAAUAUAAUUAAAUAUAUACAUGCAUCUAAAACAGUAAGACCUCACUCUUCCUACAAGGACAGAGUGGAUUUCAAUAAUAAAACCCUCUCUCUCACACUGAAGAACAUGCAGAAGACAGACAGUGGACUCUAUACAGCAAGAACAAGUGGAGAAACAGACAACAAUAUUGUUACAUACAGAGUAUCUGUUAUAGAUGCAGUGGAAGCUCCAGUUCUGACCAUAAACUCAAACUGGUCCAGCUCUGACCCCUGUAGCUUUACAUGUAAAGGAAGUAACAUUAUUAUCAGCUCCAUCUAUAAUAGUAGCAGCUGUGCUCCAGAGGAAGUGACAUCAUCUGAUUACACUCUAAGACUGAACUGCAGUGGCGACUACAUCAUGUGUAUCUAUAGCAACCCAGUGAGCUGGAAUACUGAAAUAAAGAAGGUUAAUGAAUUCUGCACUGUUGAUCAAGCGCUUCCCUUGUGGUUUAUCCUCCUUUCUUGCCUAUUGACAAUGAGUUUGUUGGCAUCAAUGAUCGGCUGUUUUUUCUACAAAAGAAAAAAAGAUCAUUCCUACUCCUCUGCCCAGCAGAAUGAUGAACAUACAAUCUAUGAAAAAGUUGACGAGAAUAUCAAGCCACAAAGGUCACUAAAUAAGUUGGAGAAAUCAAAAAAUCCUUCCACAGUGUAUGAUACUUUAAGGGAACAUGGACCUCCUGAUGUUAUGAUGGAAACCAACCACACCUCAUCCAGUCAGGACUCAGUGAAUCAGAGUGCAACACUAACAGAGAAGAGUCAGCCCAAUGCAGCAGCCACUAGUAUCUACUAUACCAUUCAGAAGCAACCAAAAUCUGAAGCUGAUCACACCAUUUACGCUGUGGUCAAUAAACCGCCAGAUGGGGAUGAAUCUGUACAUCCAAAACCGAAAUAAAGUAUAAUAACACUGGUCUUUUAAUAAAGCUGAACCCUUUCAGUGUUCUGAA